AUGACGUCAGAACCUCCCUCAGAGCACUCGUCCUCCACCAAACUAUUGAGCGAGAGCUGGGCUACGCUGAGCAUCUCUGAUGCACAUUCGGAGGAUGGUACGCGCUCUGAGCAGACGGACAUCGGGUCCCUGAUCGAUCAAACUAGUACCGGCGACGUUGCCAGCCUUGACGACCGCAGCGAGGUUGGUGAGAACUACGAGGACCACGAUGACGAUCAGGACUCUGAAGAAGAAGAUAAUGAUGAGGAGGCGGAUAACAAUGAUGACGAUGGGGCAUAUGAUGGCGGAAGCAUCUCUGAGUCUCAGGAGCUCCCUGCCCUCUAUCAUCGCUUUGGUGGUGAUAUCGAGGACAGUGGUCUUACUGCGAAGGCUGCUUUCCAUCAAUCCACUGACUCUAUUGAGUUCAUCGAGCCAGACAAGUGGCCCGAGAUGGAGCAGGUCGAGCUCAAGCAUACUGUUCAGAUCUUCGAGGGGGUUGAGGCUGCUCGUUUGAAGGAGCAGCUGCCUCCCAAUCAACAGAAUGCGCUGCUCACGGCCACGGUUCAGCAGACAAUGACUAAGUACAGCUUGGACAUCGACCAGCCUUUUCGGGUGCUGUAUAUCGGGAACCCGGAUUUCCGGACCAUAGUACUCGACAAGAUCGGUGAUGUUCUAGUGUCCAGCUCGUGCAGCAGUUAUGAGAGUAGCUCUUCCGAGUCAUCCAGAUACCAUGUCAUUCCAACGUCCUUUGGGGCAGAUGCCGUACCUAAUUUCGCGGAACUGCUUCCAAUCCAUGUCCAGCUUAUUGUCGAUGAAUGCUUGGAAGCCUCGUCUGAUCCGCGAUCUGGAAAGCCCAGCACCGUGAGUCUCAAGUUCAAGAACCGUCCAUCAUGCACUUCAUACUGGACUGGAAGCGAAUACUGUCUAUCAUCUCCUUCGGACUGGACAUUGCCAGAUGUGGCCAUCUUCUUCGUAUCGAGCACGGAUGACGCUGCCGCAGUGGAGACCCAACAUCAAGCCCGCACCUUCAUGGAGAGACACGGCGUUCCCGCCAUGAUGAUUUCGGAGAAGCCAUGGUGGGAAAUGACUACGGAGUUGAUCCCUGUCAACCGCCAUAGCCUCCAUAUGUGUCUAGAGUCUCGCCAUUCCCUUGGUGGAGAGCCCACGGUGUUACGGAGGUAUCCUAUCGACUUGCCGACUUUUGAAAGCAUUGCUUCCAGCCAGCUGAACAGAAAUCUGGCUUCGUUGGCCAAUCUCUAUCCUAAGCAAGUCAACAAGGUCACGGCAGAAGUUCCCAAACCAUGUGCAAUGGAGCCUUUCUCCUUGGACAUCGAGAAGUAUUCGAAGUAUAUCCCGCGCUUUGAUUACUUAAAAUACUCGGACCACGCUCAGAAAUUGUCCCCCUCCUUACGUCUACUUGCUAUCACAGUCAUCUCCGCCAUUGCUAUUACCCUAGCAUAUACUGUCGUGAGCGCUGCUUUCGUCUACCUUUCUCAAUUCUUCUCGCGGUAUGAUAUUUCUGAGGUUGUAUCGCCUUCUAGCGGCAUCUCUAACAAGAAUAUCAUUCCCAUCGAGACCUUGGGACAGAAUUCACUUUCCGUAAUACAUUCGUCGGCCGGCGAAGUUCAGUCACUGAGGAAUCAAUACGAAUGCAGCACCCAGCUUGAGGAGUUAAUGGGCAUUGCGCUCUCACCACCAGUUAAACAAGGGAAACCGGACAGGUUUGAGCUUCAGGUGAUUGGGGAUUCUCAUGUUAUCCUGAAGCCGCCACGCCGGCUGUCGCUAAAGAAGCCAAAGUUCGGUGUCAGUGUCACUAGAUACGGAAAUGCCAUCCCUUACGAGCUCUCCAAGUUAUUUGAAGGUGUCUACUCGUUGAACUUGGAUCGAGAGGAUGCCUACGGGCUUGUGAACGUGACCAUCACUACCUCUAAGCCACCACUUGAGCAGACCACUCAGGUCGAUUUCGGAACGCCGUGGCUCAAGAUUGCGAACUGGAAACGAGCAGCGUCUACCCUCUCUACAGAGCUUGUGAAGGACUUGAACACGGCUCAGACUGGAUUGUCCAAAGCAUAUGAUCGACUGUACACAGAUCUUCAAGUGGCCAUGGGCGAUGUCGUGAAGAGGUCACAUCUUCUGCAGCAAGAAGUUGAUGAUAUACGUGGAUCGACGCGUCUUUCGCUUGAAAAUCUGUCUCUUGAGACGAGAAACGCUGUCCUUGCGCGAUCCAAGCAACUAUCUGAGUUUGUUCGACGUGACGCCGUCCAACCCUUUUGGGCAGUCUGUUCAGUGUUCCAAGAACAAACCAGUAAGGCCAACACGGAGGCAAAGGAUCUCGUGAUGAAUACGUGGAGACGAAUCAGUAGCAUUCCGGCGCCUAGGGUCGAUCUGGGGACCAUGAUGGACCGUUUUCGAGAUGCCCGGAAAAGCGAGGCAUUGAACAAGGCGCAGAAGCGUGCGCGGGGAUUAGUGAGACGGAGGGCUUAUGACUCGGGGAGGCGUCAGAGAUGA